UCAUCUCACUGCUAUAAAAGCUCAUCACAAAGUCAAAGUCAAGGCCAAAAUUUUACUUCACUCCGAUAUACACACCGGAAUCUGUGUUGUGGUAAGUGGUAAUCCAAUCACAGGAAUGGCGAAAGUGGGUAGAAUGAAGUUGGGUUCAGAAGGGUUGGAGGUAUCUGUGCAAGGACUUGGGUGCAUGGGCAUGUCUGCAUUCUAUGGUCCUCCUAAGCCUCAAUCUGAUAUGAUUGCUCUUAUCCACCACGCUGUCCAAAGUGGUGUCACUUUUCUCGACACUUCUGAUGUCUAUGGCCCUCACACCAACGAAGUCCUUCUAGGAAAGGCUCUGGAGGGAGGGGUGAGGGAGAAGGUUGAAUUGGCUACCAAGUUUGGAAUCAACCUUGCUGAUGGGAAAAGAGAGAUUCGUGGUGAUCCUACAUAUGUGAGGGCUGCUUGUGAGGGAAGCUUAAAGAGACUUGGUAUCGAUUGCAUCGAUCUCUAUUACCAACAUCGUAUUGAUACUCGUGUGCCAAUUGAAGUCACGGUUGGGGAGCUUAAAAAACUUGUCGAGGAAGGAAAAAUAAAAUACAUUGGUCUGUCUGAGGCCUCGGCUUCAACAAUCAGAAGAGCACAUGCAGUUCAUCCAAUAACAGCCGUGCAGUUGGAGUGGUCCCUAUGGUCAAGAGAUGCGGAGGAAGAAAUAAUUCCAACUUGCAGGGAACUUGGUAUUGGAAUUGUUGCAUAUAGUCCUCUUGGGCGAGGAUUCUUUUCAUCAGGAACAAAGUUGCUUCAGAAUUUGACACAGGAUGAUUUCCGGCAGGCUCUGCCUAGAUUCCAACCUGAAAAUUUGGAGCAGAAUAAGACUAUAUUCGAGAGGGUUAAUGAAUUGGCUGCAAGAAAGGGAUGUACUCCAUCUCAACUUGCAUUGGCUUGGGUUCAUCACCAAGGAAAAGACGUGUGCCCUAUACCUGGAACCACCAAAAUUGAGAACCUUAAUCAGAACAUUGGGGCUUUAUCUGUCAAACUAACACCAGAAGAAAUGGCAGAACUUGAGUCUUUUACUGCUGCAGAUGCUGUCAAGGGUGACAGGUAUAUGGAUAGUUUUGCUACAUGGAAGGAAUCUGAUACUCCACCACUUUCUUCUUGGAAAGCUGGCAAAAUAAAAUAUACUGGUCUGUCUGAGGCCUCAGCUUCAACAAUCAGAAGAGCACAUGCAGUUCAUCCAAUAACAGCCGUGCAGUUGGAGUGGUCUCUAUGGUCAAGAGUUGUGGAGGAAGAUAUAAUUCCAACUUGCCGGGAACUUGGUAUUAGAAUUGUUGCAUAUAGUCCUCUUGGGCGAGGAUUCUUUUCAUCAGGAAAAAAGCUGCUUGAGAAUUUGACACAGGAUGAUUACCGGAAGAUUCUGCCUAGAUUGAAACCUGAAAACGUUGAGCAGAAUAAUACUAUAUUUGAGAGGGUGACUGAACUGGCUGCAAGAAAGGGAUGUACUCCAUCUCAACUUGCACUGGCCUGGGUUCAUCACCGGAAGAAAUGGCAGAACUUGAGUCCUUUGCUGCUGCAGAUGUUGUCAAGGGUGAUCGAUACAUGGAUGAGGUGGCUACAUGGAAGAAAUCGGAUACUCCACCACUUUCAUCUUGGAAAGCUUCUUAAUGAAGUGCAUUACUUAAUGCUUGUACUAUAUGCUUGUAAUAGUGUACCUUAUUUAAAAGGAAUUUGGCUGUUUCAACCCUUCUAGUUUCUAGCAGUUGGU